AUGAGUAGUUCGUCGUCAUCACAAACAGGGAAGAACCAUAGUUUGAACAGUAUGUCUCCGCCAACACAAGCUGAUUGGAUUUUUAUGGAUGAUGAAGAACUCGAGAAAGCGAACAUUACUUUUUCAGGGUGCGGAUUUCUUGGUAUUUAUCAUAUUGGCGUAAUUUCUUGCCUGAAGCAGCACGCACCGAAGUAUCUAGAACAUUUCACGAAUUUCGGAGGGGCCUCUGCUGGAGCAUUGAGCUCUUGCACCUUGAUGUUCAAUAUGGACCUUGAAAACUGUGUACAGUUUGUCAUGAAACUAGCAGGAAAAGCUAGGACCAGUAUGUUUGGUCCCUUAUCGCAAGACUUCGACCCAGUUGGUAUCGUUCGCAAGACAUUUAUGAGAUUUUUGCCUGACAACGCACACGAAAUUGCCACGGGAAAACUGCACAUUUCGAUGACUCGUGUUUCGGACUGGGAAAAUGUAAUAAUAUCCGAUUUUAAGUCGAAGCAAGAAUUAGUCGAUGCACUUAUUUGCACCUCAUUUGUUCCCUUUUACUCUGGUGUCAAGCCUCCACAGUUUAGAGGAGUGGCAUAUGUAGAUGGAGGGUUCUCAGAUAAUUUGCCACAGCAUUUUGAAGGCACAACAAUCACUGUUUCACCGUUCAGUGGUGAAAGUGAUAUUUGUCCUGACGAUGCCAAUGGCACAUGGUUCCACUUUGACCUCAGAAACACUAGUGUUCAAUUUACAUCUCAAAACUUGUACCGGAUGUCAAGAGCAUUUUUUCCACCAAGCCAAGAGGUGCUGUUCAAUAUGUGUCGGCAAGGAUUCAAGGAUGCCUUAAAGUACCUGCAUUUGCAUUAUCCAAACAUGUUGAAUAUUGGGAUUGCAAGAAUAAGGAUCCCUGAUUGCUGCAGAGAAUGCCAUGACUCUGAGGAUGAUGGAAGUGUUUGUUCAUGUAGUACAACAGAAUCAUUAAGUGACCCUGAUAGUGCUGUUUCUGCAGAGGGACUCGCGAUUCUUCACCAUGUUUCCCCAGAAGCUCUGAAUGAAAUUCUUCAUCGAGCAAAAGAUGUCAUUUCAGAUACAGAUGUAAUUUUAUGGCAUUUGGUAAAGGUAUUUCUCAGAAUUGCCAAGUGGGUGGCUAGACCUUGCAUCUAUACAGUGCAGCAUGUGUUGCUCUUUGUUCGUGAAGUAGCCCAUUGGCUUAUUCCAAAGCUUCAAGAAAUCAGCGAGAAGAACUACUACACAAAGACUGUUGUGAAUAUAGCAAUGGAGAUUUUCAACACAUACAAAGAUCGAUACCAGUGUGAAAUGCAUCCAAGUUUGAAGGAUAAACGCCUCAUUCACAUGGAAGAAGCCACUGCCAGACUCAAAGCUGUUCAGGCCCACAUGCGUGUUGUUCCAAUCACACAGACACAAAGCAGGAAACGCCUCUCAGUCAGCCAGUCCAUGUCUAACCUUCCUCGCCGAAAAUCAUCAGUACCAUUACAGCCAAAUACCCCAACGAAAUCACUGCCAAUGCCUCGUAAAUUUUCCGACUCACCACCAAGCCCUUCUCGGUCAGUAACACCUCCAAAUAUGGGAUAUCUCGGGUUAACGCCACAGGCAGAUCUUUACAAUAGUACACCAAUCUCGAAAAAGUCGCUUGAGCUUCUAAUGGAAGCAGGAGAGUUCAACAAGCCGGAGAAAAUCUUCAAGGUUGGUAGCUGCAAAAAUUUUGUCACUGUGGAGGAGACAAGAUAUAAAAUGGUUGAUUCAUUGGACGAAUUUGUCAAUGAUUUUGUGUUUCUUGACGACUGCGUGGACAGUGACUGCGAUUUUCACUGAAACUGGCAGACCUUUGUCAUCAUCAUAAUCAUUACUAAUGUUAAUCCUAGCCUCAUCUCGAGUAUGUUAUUAAAAAAGACGUUCCAUAUCUUUAUGAUUGAUGCCAGGCCUUUAAAAAUGAAAACGCUUAUAUUUUUACGUAUUCUUUCAAUGUAAUCUUUUUGUAAAUAUCAUGCAGAAAUUAUGUGAAUCAUGGCUUUCGACAAAAUAUCAAAAUAUCGUUUUGCAACAUUCCAUUUUUGAAUUCGUCUGUUUUUAUUAUAGUCUAUCGAUCAAAUGUUUAUAUUUUAUUACUGACACGAUAACAGAAACUGAAUUUGCAAUUGGAAGCCAAUUCAUUGAAUUUGGAAUUCGUUGCUAAAUUUAUCAUUAUGUUUUGUUGAAAAUGUAUUAGUUUGAUUGUGUUUGUAUUUGUGUUUGUAAUUGUGAUUUUGUUUGUAAAUAUCAUUUAUUAUCAGUCAGAAAAACUUAAUUCCCCUUCUUUUAAUUCUAAGCUUAAUGUAUAAUCUAGUAACAUGUGUUCACUCUAAAACCCCUGUAGGAAGGCAAAAUUUAAUAACGGUUUUUAUUGCAAAUCUUGUAUAGUGAGGGUUCUAUACCUCUUGUAUUGUUUUUCGUAGGCAGUACGUAUCAGCCUAAGUAAUCGUGUUGCCUACUUGAAUUUGUAAAUAAUGACUUUGUAUCCAUAAGAUAAAAGCCGGAAUCCUGUUUUUUCCCGAGAAUAGAUUAUAUAUACCAUAAUUUGUACAUAGAGCUUAAAUUUUAAAUGUUCCCAUCCCAUUUGUUACAUUGCAAGUCUCAAUGCUAGGGCACAAGAUCAAAAUAUUAAAGAAUAUGGCAAACCAGCCGUGUUAUCUAUGAUAGCAAACAGAAUAAACCCGCUCUUUGGCCACCUAUAUCACCAACGAAAACAGGGUCUCCGACGAAGGGGAACCGGGAGGGCCUUGCCCCCCCACUUUUUUGCAAAACAAUAGAGUUUUCUUCAAAAUAUUUUGUUUCUAGGUGUUAAAUUUUCCUUUGCCCCCCCCCCCACUUUUCAACCUUUGUCGGAGCCCAUGGUAAACUUUGCUGUAGCCUGUACUUUGUUUGUCAAUCGCGUUGAAUUGUCAAUCAUUUUAUUGUUAAAUGCACAAACAUUCAUGGUAUAACCGUGUUGUAAAAUUAUGAUCGUACCGAGAACUAAAUAGACGAAUCAAACUCGUCUCGCUGAAAUGCUUCGAGCUUUGUAUAUUAAUCCUAGAAUUAUACACUCUAUGUAUCUUAAAUGUUAUUUCUGUCAUUGUUGUUAAGAUGCUGGACAUUGACAAUGUAACAGAAUAUGGACAA